AUGUUUUCUUGGAAAAAAGGCUUUUUUCCAGAAUCGUUCGAGACGGCUUGCGUGAUCGAAGAAGAUGUGGUUAUCCAUCCAUUCGCAUUCCGUACACAUGCUCAUCGUCACGGCGUUGAUGUUUCCGGUUGGGUUGUUGAUGAGGACCGAUAUGGCGUGGAUCAUUGGUACCUGAUUGGAAGACGCAAUCCACAACUGCCGCAGAUGUUCGCACCGGUUCACAACAAGACGAUUACCGUUAGCCAAGGACAAAUGCUAGCUGCUAGAUGCAUUAUGAAGAACGAUGAGAACCGCAAUGUACCUAUGGGACAGACUGGAGAGGACGAGAUGUGCAAUUUCUACAUGAUGUACUGGGUUGAUGGCGAUCGGCCAAAAUCAGCCUCAAAUCGCCUGACUCUUUUGCAGGUUCUCCAAGACAAUACUUGCUACUCGCCUGGAGCUCCAUUCUACCACUGGGCUACCGAAGGUGGCCUCAAUCAUAUUCCAAAGUAAAG